AUGUCGGCUCCGUUGCUCUUUCUCGCAUUGGCACUACCAGCGGCAGCUCUGAAUCUGGGACAUGAGCAGUUUCUGGCGAAGGACCCGGACAUGGCAACUCCGGACUACAAGGCUUCCGACACUGUCCGCACGCAGCUGUACAUCGUUGCCAGCCUCUGCAGCAUUGCCCUAGCGGCCUCGCUGCUGUUCUUCUGGACCUCCACCCCAUCGAGCAGGUCUGACAAGGAGGUCGAGGGGGAGGCAGAGACUUCCCCAGAAGAGGCAGAGGCCGUCAAACCGGUGGAGGCGCGUGAGACGGCCUUGGAGGACUACGAGGACCUUGUGCAGCUGAUGCUGCAGCGUGCCAUGCAGAGCCUGGGGCCAAAGGCCGCCAAAGGCGUGCAGGUGAAGAGCAUCAUCACGGACAAGGUGACCUCACUCACGGACAAAGCCAAGGCUUUCGUCAUGACAGAGCUGACAGAUGGUGUUGGCUCAGUGGCCCGGGCGCUGCAGAUGGAGGAGUUCAUGGUGCUACUGGACGAGGAUGCCGCGUUGGCAGCCAACUUCCCACCCCUCUCUGUCCUCCUUGCGGGCCUGCUUGUCCCGGCCAACCUGAACGUGAACAUGGUAUGCCAGCUCCUGCAAAUCUUCCUGGUGCUGCUUCCGGUCCUUUCUGUGGCCGCCGUAUCGGAGUAUGCUGACUGGGACCACCCGUGCAAGCCGAUCCCCGGCCUCAGGCUUUGGGCCCGCACGGUGGGUGUUGUGGCGGCGUUGGUGAUCCUCGCCCGCCUGGCGCAGGUAAUCCGGUGCGUGAUGGCCAAGGCUGACAUCCGUCGCCGCAACGAGGAGAUGCAAGCGAAAAUGGCCGAGGCCAGCCGCAAGAUGAGCGGCACAGGCCUCGACGAGCUCAAGACGCUCUUCACUCUUUACGCUGGCACGCUUCAGCACGCCGUGGAAGCAGAGGGCAGGGUGCGGGUGAACUUCUUUGCGCACGUCAUCGGCUUCGGAACUUUCGUGUGGCUGCUGACUACCUUCUACAACACCUACCUCUACUUCGCCUACAUGUUCGUGCCCGGUGUCGUCGCCUUCCAUCCUUCGCAAGCGGGUGAGGAGUCCUACUGCGGUGCUUGGGUGACCGUCUGCGCGGCCAAGGUGGCGAUCAUCCUCGCACUGCUGUUCUUCUUCGCGAAUAUUGUGACCGUGUUCUGCUGGAUCUCGGAGACGGCCUUGAGCAUGGACGGUGUUGCCGCGAAGAUCGUGUCUCAUGCCAAGGCCUUCGACAAUGUUGGCCUGGGGCUUCCAGUCGCCCAGCUGCUCGUGAAGGCGCUCCUGCUCCGCGGCUCUGCUGACUUGGCCUGCGCCCGCUUGGCCGUGCAGAUGCGCGACAAGGACGGCCUUUCGCAGGAGCUGGCAGCCACUGAGAAGCGUCUCGCGCAGUUGAAGGCGGACAUGGAGGCCAAAAGCCAGCAGGUGGAUGCUCUCAAAGAGGAGCUGCAGUCCUCUCCAG